AUACAGAACUUCAAAUAUUUAAUUCAUAUGUAUAUAUACAUGUGUAUAUGUAUACAUACAUCUGUAUGUAUCACAAAUUACUAUAUCUAUGCAUACCUAUAUUACAAUAAUGCUUUGGAAAAACCAAGUCACUAACAACAACAAGUGUAGGCAGAAGAACACUACAAAGUCAAUUUACGACUUUGCAAAACCCAUACAUUUCAAGUGAAGCACUUUAUAAAACCCAUACAUUACAAACAAAAUCUCAACCUCACAUAUAUACAGUAACAAACACGAGAUUCUAACAUUUCACAUAUAUGGACCUGUAUUCAUACAUGUACAUAACUACGUGUAGAAGUAUUUGUAUACUUCAUUUACAUGUAUAUAAAUAUGUCUACAUAUAAGUUGAGUAAAUCAGAGUAACAAAACAACAGAAUAGAUCACUACACAUACAAAUAAACAUCACAAAACCACUUUACAUACAAAACUAAUCCUCUAAAACCACAUAAUCAUAGAUCAAGCAAUUUUAAAUUCUCAUACAUUCUUAAUACAUACUUCAAAGUUAACUAUCUUCAAUUUUGAAAAUUCUGACAUACCUCUACUCUCUUUGAAAUAUUAGAUAUCUAUCCAGCCUUGCCCUUAAGAAAUUGAUGCUAUCAAAUUGAAGAGAAGCCAGACCAAUAGAACUUACUAUGCAAAGAACAGAGGCAAUAUCUCCAAGAAACGACAAUUGAGAUGUCGUGCACUACAAAGACCUGGAAAUAACUCAAGUUAUUACAAACAAAAAACAAUGAUCUUGAGAAAAUUAAUGUCAAUCAAACACAUUCUAUUGCUCCUGAACUUUCUCUACAGACUCCUUCAUUUCAACAUGCAUUGUCUAAUUUCUGGAAAAUGAUUGAUAUGUUGGAGGUCAUAGAGCCAUGUUCUAUUUGUAAAGAAAUGUAUGUGGGCAUGACUAUUAAAAAAUUCAAUCAUGUACUUAUGUGCAUGAGAUGUUGUGCUGAAAAAGGCCUCCACCGUUUCUCAUUAUCAAACAAUAUGGACCUAGGUGAGCAACCUUCUAUUUUAAAGUCUCUUUCUCAAGUAGAAGAAAUGCUCAUAUCGAGAAUUGCCCAUGUUUUACAAGUAACACAUGCAAGGGGAGGACAAUACAAAUAUUCUGGCCAUACAAUUAACUUCCCACAAGAUAUUUUUGAAAUUGCAAUAACAUUGCCCCAUCAAAUUAAGCAAUUAGAAAUUCUUAUUGUUUGUAGAACCAAUUUGCAAGGAUUAACUUAUGACUGUUAUGUGAAUAGAUUUCAUGUCAUGGAUGCAUUGGCUUACAAAAUGAAACAUGAUCAAUACUAAAAGGAUGUAGUCAUUGAUCUAGAUGUGGUGCAUCUAUUGCCAGACCAAACCACUAACAUUAUAGAGCUAUUGCAUUCAGUGCAUUCACCUCAAGAAGGUUCUAUUCAAGAUAAUUCAACUCUGUCGAAUAUCAACAAUAAAGAACACAUAGUGGAGAACACUUCCUCAUUUAUUCCACAACUGCCAUCAUCAAUACCAGAACUUGAUGAAAUAAAAACCAUCCUACAUCAAGAUAAUAGAAACAACAACGUUGUUGCUUGGCCACAAAUCAGUACAUCACCUAUCAAUGAGUACAAUACAAAGGGCCUCCUUUCCAUGGCAUUCCCAACACUUUUCCCUUCUGGAAUGGCUUUACCACUAUAGCAAAGAACAAGGCAUGUACAUUUACAUGAAUAUGCUUUGCACCUGAUCAAAUAUUAUGAUCAAAUAUUUGGGCAACAUGUUCGCUUUAGAUAUUAUAUCUACAAUCUUAUGAUGAGACAUCGAUCCCAACAAUCAGCUGUUGUGUUCAUUAAGACAAAUCUAGAAGAUAGUCUUCCACACAAUCUUCAUGGUCUAAAAGAAUACUUACAAAAUACACCCUCAAAUGAAUUACCAAAUCAUAUCAUGCGAUAUGCAGCCUCGUUGCGUGGUACACGAGCAUUUUGGAGCAAAUCCUGACGAGACCUUACAACAAUGAUAGAGCAGUUAGGUGCACCUACAUUGUUCUUUACCUUAAGCUCAACUGAUACAAAAUGGCCAAACUUGCAUAAGUUAUUGCCAAAAACAAAUUCAACUACUGUACCCAAUAACAAAAGACAAUUUAUUGAAAAUUUAGUCAAUAAUCCACACAUUAUAGCUUUAUACUUGCACUUAAGAUUUCAAAUCUUUCGUGAUGAAGUCAUUGUCAAACAACUAAAAGCCAUUGACCACUAGUACAGAUACGAAUGGCAACACCGAGGAUAUGCACAUAUACAUGGCUUUCUUUGGUUAUCAGAAGCACCAAAUAUUGAUAACCUUGAUUGGUCAAAUCAUGCAAGUAUCCAAUCAGUUAAACACUUCUUUGACCAGUACAUCAUAGCAUGGAAUCCACAUACUGAAGAAGCUCGCUUGAACAGACAAUAUAUGUCCACAAUUUUAGAUCCAUGUCUUGCAGAUACAGAGAACAUAUCCAGGUCUGAUCCUUCCACUGAUUAUAUUGAAUUACUCAAUAUUGUCCAGUGGCAUACAAAGUGUUAAGAGUAUACCUACUUGAGGAAAAAAAAAUCAACUCUUCAAUGUCGGUACAAAGCUCCUUGGCCUGAACAACAUGAAUCCUCAUUCAUAUUAGACCACAACAAUAACCCAUCAUACAAGCCAGCAAGGAAUCACAAUGGUCUAAAUGUACACAACCCAACAAUGCUCGCCAUAUGGAGGGCUAAUGUUGACUGUCAACUUGUCUGCUCCAAAAAAGCAGUUCUACAAUAUAUCUCAAAGUACGCAUCCAAAACUAAACACAAGUCAGAAAGUUAUACUGAUAUGCUGAAACGCAUAGUUGGAUCAACAAAUUCAGAUGAUACAAUCCUCUUAGUAAUCCAAAGACUCUUGAUGGGAAUUGUUGCUGAUAGGGACAUUAGCGCACAAGAAACUUGUCACAUGCUACUUAAACUCCCAUUGAUAUCUUGCACACGCCAGUUUGUAAUGCUCAAUGUUGGCAAAAGAUUCUUCCAAUGCAUAGCUAAUUGUGAUGAAGGAUCUCAAACCUCAAUAUCUUACAUCUCAAACUACAUGAAACGACCAUCAGAAUUAGCAAACCUAACCCUGCUUUGUUCAGCCCAGCUAUAUACAUACUUUGACCCAUGUAAAUCAUGUAAAUGGAUGAAAAGAAAGCUACUAGCAAUUGUAAAUGUCUACCCACAACACAAAUCUUUACCUUUAGAAGAUGAUAGCAGUUUUCAAAGUUUCUGUUGGAGUGAAUUUCUUCUUUACAAGCCAUUUCGAAGCAUUCCUCUACAUAUAGGGAACUCAACUGAAGAAAUUAUAAUAGAUUGGAAACAUCUUCAAAGUACAGAUUACAUCCGCUGGCAUGUAAAUGGUAUUGAAGAACACAUUAUAAUAGAAAAUAGUGAAGAGCUACAACCAGAAGACAUUCAACAAUCUACUCAUGAAGAUCUGUACGAAUUGGAGUUCUUGUCACAAAUGGGAGCAUCAAACAACUUUGACGUUGCUACUCUUCAAAUGCUUGGCAGACGUGAUUUUGAUCUAAACUUUAAUUGGACUGAUUCUAUACCUGAUGAAGCAUUGCAUUCAAAAGCAUCUCAAUUUAUUUUAACAGAGAAAAGCCAAGCACCCCACACCCUUGCCAACCCACAUUUAAAUGCAUCUACUAACUACGAGCUUGCAAGAAACCAAAUUAUUGCACUUGAUAUCAUUAAAACUCAUGCUGAACACAACUUGUCUUCUCCACCAUUACGAUUAGUUAUUCAAGGCACAAUAGGCACUGGAAAAUCAUUUGUUAUUGAUUACAUACGUAGACAGUUAAAUUCAAAUUUAGAACAUGCACAAUACCCUUUGCUUGUACUAGCACCAACAGGUAUUUCCGCAUAUAAUGUCCAAGCAACCACAAUCCAUGCUACCCUAUGUAUACCCAUUCAGGAAUACAAACCCUUAAAAGGCCAUUCCCUAUUAAUGUUUCAAGAGCAACGAAAACAUUUACGUUACAUUUUAAUAGAUGAAAUGAGCUUUGUUGGCCCUCAAUUACUCUUAAAGAUUGAUAAAAGAUUGCGAGAAACUUUUCCCAGCAGACAACAUGAAUCAUUUGUAGCUAUCUCAGUCAUUUUGGUUAGUGAUCUUGCACAGCUUCCCCCAAUUAUGGAUAGGCCAUUAUAUGCAUCUCACUCAACGACACUGGCUCUAUGGCACACAUUCAAUACUGUUGUAACCUUGGAUAUUCCAUUUCAUCAACAAGGCACAAGUUCUUCAUAGAUAACUUUCUGUGAAAUGUUGCUUAAUAUCCGCAGCACAACACCAUUGCAAAUAGACUGUGAAUCCCUCCAAUUGCAGUCAACCCAUGCUUUGACACUUGAUCAGAAUAACCACUUCAACCAACAGAAGCAUUUGUUUGCAACAAAUGUAGCUUCAAGUGCACACAACAUAAAAAUGUUAACACAAUUGCACUCACCCAUUGCACGUGCAACAACAAUCAUUACCCAUCAAAGAGAUAAGCAAGCACACCAAGAAGAACAACUAGCAUUUGAAAUUCUUCUUUCUAUAGAUGAGAAAAUUAUUCUUAUUGCAAAUUUAUGAAUAGAAGUUGGCCUUGUAAAUGGCGCUUUGGGUCAAAUCAAACAAAUUGUCUACGAUGCAGCUUCUAAACCACCUGAUUUGCCAAAAUAUGUGAUCAUUCUUUUCAAACAUUAUAUUGGGCCUUCAUGGGAUCCACAAAAUCCAAAACAUGUGCCUAUUCCACCAAUUACUAGUGGAAAUUGCACACAAAUUCCACUAGCAAUGGCAUGGGGCAUUACUAUUCACAAAUCAUAGGGGUUAACAUUAGACUUUGCCACAGUUGACAUUGGCAAAAUAGAGAAACAAGGCCUCACAUUCACAACACUUUCAAGAGUAAAAGCAAUUGAACACCUACGCAUACAACCAACCUUCACCUACCAAAGGUACUUAAGAUUGAAAGGUGCAACAUCAACAAUUCUACAAAAGACCGAGGAAGCGCACUUGUUGGAGCUUUCAUGCACAACAAAAGAAACAUACUUACAUAACAGACAAAAUCAGGUAUACAAAUCACAUCUUCAUUAUGUUUUCACGUGUUGUAUAUCUUCUAUUCAAUGUAACAACCCAAAACAAUAUUUAUACUUUUCAGGAUCAACAACACAACUAACAUCUAUGAAUUUGAAUAUCCCUUUUACAUGUCCCAACUCUGCAACAAAAGGCACCCGUUCCCUUUCACAAGUAUUAUGAUUUGUGAAGGUCAGCUUUUGAUAAAGAACAACAUCCAAUACACCAAGCUCAUCACUUUCAAGAUUUUCCAUGGUGUGCUUGUAGGCUUCUUACUUUGUCUAUGUUCGUUAACUGUUUGUGGAUUUGACCAGGCCUGUUCACUUUUCCAGGUUCUCUUGAUUGAAUAAUUGGGAUUUCGAUAAAGAACAACAUCCAAUACAGCAAGCUCAUUACUUUCACGGCUUCAGAUUUUCAGUCAUGUGCUUGCAGGGUUCUUACUUUGUUUAUGUUGUUCAAUUGUUUCUGGACAUGACCACUUUCAAUCUACAACGCACCUGUUCACUUUUACAGGUUCUCUUGAUUCAAGAAUUUAGUUUUCCAUAAAGAACAACAUCCAAUACACCAAGCUCAUUACUAUCGAGGAACCUAAACCCCUUUGACGAGGAUCCUGCACAGUCUCAUUGAUCGACAGGUAUCACCAAAUAGGUAUUUGUCAGAUGUGUCUUCCUCAAGUGAGGGAAAUGCAGGAAUAGAAGAGGAAAGUGAGACAUGUAGUAGAUCUCAAAUAGGGAGAUCAACUAGAGGUCAAAAGAUUAGAAGAAAAUUCAAUAAACGCAUGGAAUUUUUUCUUGCUCAAGGGGGGUCAUGUUCUUAUGAUGAUGAGACCAAAGGCGACAUUGAGGUGCCCUUGAGGUACAAACAGCUACUGAAACAAUGUGUACCCAAGGAACUUCCUCCAAUAAACACUGAUUUUUGUGUUAAUGAGAGGAUAUAUCGCAUAGCACCUUCAUCGUUACAUGGUUUGGGCCUAUUUUCCAUGGACAACAUAAAGGUCUGUUACAACAAAGUUGUUGAAUUGAUGGAGUUUGUUGGACCUUGUUACAAUUAUAAUGAUUGGAUGCAGAUUGUUUGAUAUAAAAAAAGUAUGUGUAGGUAUGCACUGUCAGCCAAUUAUAUACAACAAAAAGAUAAUGAUCAAAGUAAAUGAGUGGUUGUAUACAUUGAUGGAAGGCCAAAAGCAAUAGGGAAUAUUGCAAGUUUUAUAAAUAGUACACGACCUGGGUCAACUAAUAAGCAACCCAAUUGCAUAUUUGAGGCACGUGAGGGAAAUUGUGUGUUUGUAUGUGUGAUAAAAUCAAUAAGUGCAGGGGAAGAGCUGCUAAUCGAUUACAAUUUGAAUCAUAUAGAUACAAACAAAGUUACUAUCAUGGGGGUGGGCCACAUGGAUCCACCACAUAGCACAGAUAGGGGUGUAGGUCUCAACACUUCUAUGGAGCAGACGGAUGUUCGGGAUAAGGGAAAGGAACCUGCAGUACCUUAGCACCUCCAUAGGGAUGUGGGGCACUCGACAAUGUUAUGCAUUGAUGACAUCGCACUUACUGCAAACCCUAUGCAAUUUGUACAAAAGAAUAUUAGAAAAAUUAGGCAAGAGAUUCUUGAUUUGGCAACCAUAAGUCCUCAGACUGAUGAGAUAACAAAGAGGGUGCAACUAUUGUUGACGACAAUGGAAAACUUGCAAAAAUUUAUAGGGCCUCAUCAUCCUGGUGGCGAUGAUCAGCAUAUUGUGCUGACAUGGGUCCGAGGUCGAGCCCAACUGUAUUGCCGACUGCAAUGUCGGCAACACGUAGCAUGCAGACAUCGUCUGUUGCACUGGCUCAUGUUGACCUACCCACUGGUGGAGAUGCACAUGAGGAUGCGCCAGAGGCGAGUACUGCUGAUAACAUACCAUCAUUUCCUGGAUCUUCCCGUAUUUCUAGUACGGGAAUGUUGUAGGCCACAUUGGUGGUGAGCUACGAAGAAUUGAUUCCCUUGAAGAUACAGAAGGUUCCAGGAAAUGAUAUUUUUUAUAAAAAUCUUAAUGACAUUUCAUUGCAGAUAUUUGGGCCCACCAUACGUAAAAGGUGGAAUGACCAAGAAAAAAAGUUAAAAGAUGAACUCACAAACUGUAUGGUAGGGUUGUUUGGAAAUGACACAUUCGACAAGACUAAGCUCUUGGAAAAAGCUGACACAUAUCUGAAGUAUGUGAGGGACCAAUAUAGGACACAUUUAGAGAAGAACGUAAAGUAUGAGUGUCCCCCCAUGAUUCCAGAGAGGGAGUGGAAGGACCUGAUUUUGGAUGCAAAGGAGAUAAUUGAAAGGAAAAAGGGAAAUACACCACCAGACGCCAGAAGAAGAUUGAGUGACACGUAAAAGGCAACCAAGGCAAGACAAGAAAAGCAUGGGCAAUACAAACUCGGCUCUGGUGGUUAUAUGAAACUUGCCACAUGAAUGGCUCUGAAUUCAAUAGAGCGCCCAUGGAAGAUGACAAGAGAAUUGGCUACCAGCAAGGCUAUAUAGCCGUGGCUGAACAACUAUGAGAAUUGAGUGGGCAAACAUGAGAUUCUGAUGCAUCUGUCACAACAGCAAGCAAUGAUAACACUGCGCGUGACAUUGCAAUGCAACAUGAUAAUCAUGGAACAGAACCUGUACACAAAGGUCCGGAUGUGCAUCCUAGUAGUGGAGAGCAUGUAGUUGGUGGUGACCAAGUGGAGCAUGAUCCAGGUAGACAACAGCAGGAAUGUGAUGUUCCCCAAUCAGAGGAUCUAGAGGGUGCUCAGCAUGUCGAGGUUGAGGCUAGACAAAAUGAUGUGGAAGAUGAUGUGCCCCCAUCAGAGGACCCCCCUUUGGUUCAGCAUCCUCGUCCUUUGUAUAGGACUAGGCAUACAUCAAGAGCAUGAGAAGAGGGCAUAACCUCCACAGAUGGGGGAAAUGAUGAAGAAACCGAUGUUCCACUUGGUCUUUUCAUAGCUUCAAAAUAAAAACAAAGAAAGAAAUGAUUGUAAUCUACCUUAUUUGAUAAUGACUGAUUUUUAUGUGUAAUGAAUGUAAUUAUGUGCUAAUGAAUGUUCAUGAAUGA